AUGAGCAGCAGAAAAAGCUCCAUUAUAUCAACGACGGAAAAUGUCACAAACUAUGAAUCAAUCGACAGAACGCCUACUACAUCAACGCAGAUGGAGAAGUUCAAGGUCAUAGAAAAAAGAUUGGUUCGAAAGAUUGAUUUCAGAUUGAUCCCAUGGUUAUCUGUGCUGUAUUUGCUGCUUAGUUUAGACAGAAACAAUAUCGGUAAUGCUCGUCUGGGCACACUAGAAAAGGACUUAAACUUGGUGGGCAAUGAUUAUUACACUGCCCUGACGAUUUUCUUUGCUGGCUAUGUAUUGUUUCACAUUCCAUCAAAUCUGGUUGUCAAGCGAUUAAAGCCCUCAAGAUGGAUCUCAGGUACCAUGGUGUUGUGGGGUAUUUGUUCCCUCUGUCAAGCAUUCACACACAAUGCUGCGGGUCUCAUUGCGUGUCGCUUCUUUUUGGGUGUAUUCGAGACGGGCGUUGGACCUUCAACUCCUUUGUUCCUCUCAUUUUGGUACCAGAGAGAAGAAUUGGCUACGAGAGUGGCUAUUUAUUUUGGAUCAUCUACAGUAGCAGGUGCCUUUGCUGGAGCCAUUGCUUACGGUGUGCUUGGAACAAUGGAAGGAGCACAUGGAAUUGCGGGAUGGAGAUGGCUGUUUAUUGUCGAAGCUAUUCCUACGAUUACUCUUGGUUUCUUGAGUUUUAUUGUGCUCCCUGAUAUGCCAGAAACUGCAGGCCGCUGGUUAACUGCAGAGGAAAAGGAUGUUGCUAUCCAAAGAACACGACAAAGUGGAAACACAGAUGACCAUGCUUUUGAUAAGAAGCAAUUUAAAGCAGCAUUGAUAGACUACAAAGUGUGGUUUGCAGUUAUCAUUUAUAUUGGUUUGAACAUUGCUCUUGCUAGUUUUGCUGUAUUCCUACCAACAAUCAUCCGGGAUAUGGGCUUCAGUUCAUUACGUGCCCAGUUACUAUCAAUUCCACCUUACGUCGCAGCUGGUAUACUUGUGUUUUUUGUCUCGUGGAAUUCCGAUCGCACACUUCAACGCGGAUACCAUAUCAUGGCAGUGUGUGCUCUAGGCGUUCUCGGAUACAUCUUCUUACUAGCAAGUUUGAAUGUUGGAUUGCGCUACACAGGAGCAGUAUUAGUUGCCUGUGGUAUUUACCCCAUCAUUCCUCUAACAUUAUCAUGGGUAUCCAAUAAUCAAUUGGGACACACGAAGCGUGGUGUAGCUAUUGCUAUGACAAGUAUGAUUGCGCAAUGCUUUAGUAUGCUGGGAACUCAAAUUUAUCGCACUGAAGACUCUCCUCGCUAUGUCAAGGGCCAUAUCGUUUGUCUUGUCUUUCUCGGGUUGGCAGGUCUAUCCGCGUUCACCUUGAGAUUUUUGCUUUCUAGAGAGAAUAACAGAAGAGAUAGAGAAUAUGGAGUGCCAGAUUCAAAAGACAUGUCUGGUGUUGACAUUAACGGUGUAUAUGACAACCACCCUCAGUUUAGAUAUGCUUUAUAA